CCCCGCCUGCACUCGGUCUCGUCUUCGUCUCCGUCCAAUCUGCGCAUCUCGGCUCUCGCUGAGCCUGUCGAUCGUACAGCACCCAUUUGCGGGCGCCUGUCUGUUGGUGCUCGUUCGCUGGCACUCUCCCCCCAUCGCUGGCACCUGGCUGUCCACGCCCCCUUCCCCAAUCUACCGCCCGGAUACUUUUUGUCUCCCGGCACAUGUGCUAAUGUAUUGCCUCGCUUGCAGGUCCCGGAUACACCUCCAUCAAGAGAGAGCACAGCAGUCGUUGCGUCCGUCUCGUCUCCCACCGUCGCAUCGGCUCCGACAAUGGAGCACCCAUCUCCAUUCCACCCAGAAGAGGACCCUGCCGAUGCAUCCAGCUCUCACUGGGGGAAUUCAUCUGUAAGCAGCCAGACCCACUACCCGCUGCCUCGGGAGGACGGCAGCCGUGCUGCGCUGUUCCAGCAGCACUAUCCGCUGGCUGCGACUCGGGAUGCUGUCCCGUUUGCUCCGACCGGCCUGUCGCCUGCACACCACCCCACAAACGCAUCGCCGUCUCUGCAUCGCAUCCAUCCAACUGCUCCUCCCAUGGACCGACAUCCGCUCUUUGGACCCGAGUAUUCGCACGGUGCAUACACCCCCGACGCCACAGUCUCCAGCAAUUCCGUCCUUGCCGGUCCGGCGCCCGUCAAUACCUUUGUGACGCCCGAUUCGUCGCUGGACACCCUGGCGAGCCCGUCGUUCCUUCUCCGCGGCCAAGUCGAUCGCCUUGGCUAUUCGAGGGAUCGGAGCAGGAUGUCGGCUCAGUACCAGCCCGCCCUCGAUUUGGGAUCCAUUCAGUACCCGGACCAUGCCCAUCCCGCCCAGGCACUCGUUCAGCCCCCGCCCGGCGGCCCGCUCGAGCUUUCUCAGGCCCAACUUUUGAACUGGAAUUCUUCGCUGUGGCCGUAUUCGCCACCGUCGUAUCUGCAGCCGGCACUGGCUGGUUCCGUCAGGGGCAGCUACGAAUCAGAGUCGCUGGAUCCUUCCUCGACCCUCGGCUCUGGGUCUGUGUGGGUCGCCGGCCCAGCGUAUGCAUCCAAGCCAGGCUCAGACCACGACCCAGGACUAGACAAGCCAUCGACCGCCUCAUUUCGUUCCCAGGACCAUCCGCACCCUGCCCUCGACCGCAACUUUGCCAGCAGCCCGGGCUACGGCUAUCCCGAGACCAUGUCGAUUGGGCAAAACUAUCGAUCGCUCAGUCUCGGUCCGGGCAGCGAAGCUCUCGUCAGCCGCGAAUCAGGGUCUGUUCCGUCCAAUUCGCCGGUCCCACCUCUUCAGCAGUACUCGCUGUUGCUUCCGCCACUGCAAUCCUCUUCCGUUUUACUGCCACAACCUCAGCCACAACCUCAGCCGCAGCUGCAGCCGCAGUUACCCUUCCAACUGCAACCGCAACCGCAAUCGCGAUCACAACCGCAACCGCAACCGCAACCGCAACUGGAGCCUCACCCCCAAUCCCAAACACAGUCUCAGUAUCAUUAUCCGGCACUGCCUCGGCCGCACCAGCACCAGCACCAGCACCAGCACCAGCAUCUCCACACACUGCAGCCCCAGCCGCAGCUGCUUCCGCCGGUGCCUCUGGGUCUGGCCUCCCCGGGUCUGCGGUGGCAGGAGUCUGUCCGUCCAGACACACCGUCAUACUGGGACCACCGCCGUGACCACCUUGCCGAGCAGACCCCGCCACAAGGGUCCCACGGUCCAAGCCAUCACAUGCCCCUGCCAGUGGACAACAAAGCCGUCGAGUUGGUGUUGCCCUCGGGGUCAGAUACGAGGCCGCUCCAUGGGACGCCAUGGCCGCCGCCGCUGCUGCCGUCCACUCGCCACGGAUCGCCAGGCCCGACGGCGGCUCAGGCUCACCUCGUCCAUCAGCAGCUCCCGCCCGCGCCUGCCCAGUCGCUCGAUGCGCUAACCGGCUCUCCGGUCGCGCCGUGGCCGUGGUAUUCGGUCGCUGAGCGCUCGUCGCUGGGCCAGCCCGUCGCCGAUCACCCCAGCCCUGUCGGUUACGAGGACCAAGGGCUCUCGCCGGACGCGCUCUCGCCAGGGCCAGGAGCGCUGGUUGCGUCGGAGCCCGACACCGCUGCCACGCAUCCGGUCGAGUCGCUGGUCUGUCUCUCCUGCCAAGAUACCAAGGCCUGCAUCACAUUCCUGGGGGGCUCUCGCAAGACGAUCAACGUGCCACGGCCGUUCAUUGUCCAGUUUGUGUGCCAGGCAUGCGAAGAACAGCGCAUCGCACGACUGGAGGCGGCGAUGGCCCGAGGUCCUCCCGACCCAACCCUUGUGCUCUCGCUAGGUGUCCCGAUCCCAGGCUCGGUCGCAGCAGCAGCAACAGCAGCGGCAGCAGCGGUGGCGAUGGCGGCCGAGAGCAAUAUACCAACAGAGACACCUCGGCGAGAGCACAUCAAGCUCGAGUCGCCGGCCGAAACGCAUUCCGCCCGAGCCGGCGCGGGUCUGCCGCCGGGGUUCGAGCUGUUGAAAUGCAAUGUGUGCAAACAGCCGAUCGGGUUUGCCAAGGCGGCGCUCAAUAUGCGGAUCCACUCGCACAGCAAUGGAUUCGGCAUCGAGGUGGUUUGCAGUCAUUGCGACGCGAAAUACCAAUUCUGCACCAACUGCGGUGGCGGCGGAUACUGGCGAACGGGCAAAUGGCGCCCCAAGGAGCUGUUUGCCAGCCAUCGCCGGACUUGCUGCCUCUCGCAUGACCGAGUCGGACCAGUCCAGUGGAUCGAAUACACCACCUGCAGCCUGCCGUUGGUUGCGUCGGUGGCCGCCCGGCGAGACGAGCCCAUCAAUGCGACCCAAUGGCUCAACUGGGACCUGGCCAAGCUCUCGCAUCCCGAGCUGAACCUGCUCCUCAAGAAGCUCAAGGACAUUUGGCUGGAGCUGAUGAUGGCCAAAGUGGCCCAGCCCAAGGUCAUGGAGCACUUUGACGAGUACUCGACCUUCCGCAAGAUCUCGCAGCAGCUCGAACGCAUCUGGAGCAACGAGAUUGUGCUGCUGCUGACCACCCAUCAGAUCAACCGCAAGUCCUUCCUGACUCUGGGGCUGAUCUCCAAGUACAAGAACAGAAAGCAGCGCUACCGUGCCGAGAAAGCCCUGCGCGAGUCUGACGGCGGACCCUCCAGCAAGCGGGGCCAUCCUCUGCCGGCAAAGCCUCCCGAGAAGACCAUCGGGGCCUUUUGCACGGGCACCUGGCGCCAGCUCGAGGGCACCUUCCAGCUGACCCACCGCAUCGACCGGCGCCACGACGACCCGGGAGGCAUCAUGAUCCCGCUGAUCUACCGCAUGAUCAAGCAGUUUCUGCAGGAUGAGGCCCAGGCACGCGAGGUUGGAUUUGCGUUCCCGGCCUGCCGCUAUGUCUGGUUUGCCAGCCGCAAGUCCGAGGCCGAGAUGCUUCCGGGAGGCAGCACUACGGGCUCGGCGGCCGAUACUGGCGAUGCGGCCCAUACUCUGGACGCGGGACGAUCCGACUCUGGAGGCGACGCCCGGGCCACCGGCUCCAAAACCUAUGUCGAUCCGUACCGCAUCCAGCUGUGCCGCCAGGGCUUUAUGCAGCUGCAAGAGUACCGCAAGCAGCACCCCGAAGUCGACCAGUACUGGUUCUGCGACGACCACGGCGCCGACUCGCGCCUUGAAGUCCAGCAGUAUGAUAUCUUUGUGAUCGAGAUCUCGAAAUACUUUGAAUACCUGAGGCGAAACAUUGCCAAGAGUUGACCGGCCAGGACGGAGCAGGAGAAGGAGAGUGCGAGAGGACGUCUUACCAGACGGUGCCAUCGCAGCCCUCCUGAUCCUGGUCUCGCUCUCCAGCACCACCGUUUCGACCUUGGCAACUGCUUCCUUCCCUCCCCCGAUCUUGGGUCGAAGGAACGACACCCCCCCCCGUCGUGCUCUUACCCCGCCUUCUUUUUUUUUU